AUAACCAGGAAGGGCUGAUAUAGUCCAUACGAUGCUUCAAUCAUGUUUUGGUUAAGAGAAACAUAACAACAGGUUUGACUGCAUCCACUUCCAGUCGCAGUCAUGGUGUGCUGCCAUUCCUGCCCCAGGCUGUGCUCCCGCUCAUCGGCCUACACUCUGGCUCUGGGCCUGGGCUUUGUAACUUUGGGGACCAGUCGUAUCCUGCUGCUCAAAUUCUCUGCCAAUGCUGACAACAAGUAUGACUUCCUGCCUGCAUCUGUCAACCUACUUGCCGAGCUUCUCAAACUGCUCUUCUGUCUGGUUAUGUCAUUCAGGAUCAUAGUCCGAGAGGGACGAUCAUGCAGAGACCUGGGGUGCUCCUCCACCACUUCCCUGCUCACUUCCCUGAAGUGGGCUGUCCCUGCUUUCCUCUACUUUAUCGACAACCUCAUCAUCUUCUAUGUCAUGACCUACUUGCAGCCUGCCAUGGCAGUGCUGUUCUCCAACUUUGUCAUCCUGACCACAGCUGUACUCUUCAGAAUUGUUCUGAAGAGGCGCUUGUCUUGGGUUCAGUGGGCAGCAUUAGUUAUCCUCUUCCUGUCCAUCGUUUCCUUGACGACAGGAUCAGGGGGUAGCCAACACUCCAUAGCUGUGCCAGGUCUCCACUCUAACCCCCUCUCCACCCCCUCCAACUCCUGCCUGUUGUACACACAGCUCCUGGAGCAGAUGAGGAACAGCAGCGCCAGUGAAUCGUGGGUGUCGUCUCUACCCGGGCAGGCGUGGAGGAACACGGUAGUACAGAAGCUUCGAUCUCUGGGUGUGGGUCACAUCCUGCUCUUCCUUCAGUGCUUCAUAUCGGCCAUGGCUAACAUCUACAAUGAGAAGAUCCUCAAAGAAGGAGACCAACUCACUGAGAGUAUCUUCAUUCAGAACAGUAAACUGUAUGGCUUUGGUGUGAUAUUUAAUAGUCUGACGCUUGGGCUUGGAAGCGAGGCACGAGGCCUCACCGUCCACUGUGGCAUCCUCCACGGACAUAACGUCUACUCCCUGGGUCUGGUGCUGGUCACUGCUGCUCUUGGAUUAUCUGUGGCCUUCAUUUUAAAAUUCAGAGACAACAUGUUUCAUGUGCUGACGGGCCAGAUCACCACUGUUCUGGUUACCACCCUCUCCCUCUUCCUCUUCGACUUCCACCCCUCCCUGGACUUCUUCCUCCAGGCUCCAAUGGUCCUGCUCGCCAUCUUUAUCUACAACGCCAGCCGGCCAAAGGACCUGGAAUACAGCCUUCAGCAGGAAAAACUGCGAGUCAUCAACGGAGAGGUGUUCGAGAGGUCCAGAGGGGAUGGCGAAGAGCUGGAGCUCCUUGCAAAGCCCAACACAGACAGUGAAUCGGAUGAAGAGUCUUUGUAGUGUAGACUUGUGCUUCUACUACAAAACAGAGGAUUUUCUUCUUCACUGCUGCUUACUAUUAAGCUUCCCA